GCUAUUGGUGCAUGUCGUUCGACGAGACAAAAAACGGAUGGCCUUGCGACAACGUCACGGUGACCUAAUGAACAGUUGGGUUGCGCAUGCCAACGUGACAUUCUGCAUGGAACCGGUGUGUUGCAUUUUUUUGGUUUUUUUUACAAUGAUUUUUGAGGACCACCGAGAACGAAACAUUUUCGUCAUGAUGCAUCCACUGACCGUUUGAUACCUUUAUGCAACUCUGAAAUGAAAGCCAGUGCUCUCAACAUCACCGCUUGCUCCAUGAUUCCAUCAACCGUGUCGGAAGCGAAGUCGCUCCUGACGUUUAAACCUUGUUAACGCCCCGUGUGGCGUAUCUCCUUCAUUAGACUAACAGGUUGGAACACGAUACGCUCUUUGUUCUAGUGUCACCAACCGUUUACUUUCUCUUUAGAGCUGAUAUUUUGCGUCUCUGGCAGAGCAAUAUUCCUGUGAUGUCGCUGUUGAUUUCGUGCCUGGCACAUUUUCGUAGAGUGUUGUUUAGAUUUCAUGGACUCGCAGGAAUUUUUAAAUCAGCGUGUGUUCUGAAAGGCUGUUGAAACCAUAUCGAUUGGAAACUGAUGACUUUCGCCUAUGGCCACUGACUUUUUAAGGCACACUAUAUUUUGCGACGAAAAUGCCAUGAGCCAACCGGAUACGAAUGUCUGGAGGCAGCAAUGAUUCCGUGUUGAUGAUUGUUGUAUCUAGAGAGCCCAUGUUUGAAAUCCAGUGUCGAGAUGGAAAGUGAUACAGGCCAUACCCCGUAAUAAUCGAGUUCAAGUAUAUAAAUUUGGACUUGGCCGAGUGGAGACGACUUGAUAGGAUGAAUUCGCUGGCCCCCCACCAGAUCAUGAUGAUCGUCAUGAACUGCAUCGCCUUGGUGCUGGGAGCGCCGGGCAACAUCCUGAUCCUGCGGGUAUACUUCGGCAAGCCGCGCAAGACCAGCACUCACAUCCUGAUCAUGGGGCUGGCGCUCAGCGACCUCGUCUCCCUCUGCUUCACCUUCCCGCUGGACGUCAUCUCCUGGAGCCGGGAGUACCAGAUGGAGGACAAACGGGCCUUCUGUCGCGUCGUCGGAUUCUGCUACCACUACUUCGCCCAGUGCUCGGUGCUGAUCAUGGUGGCCGUCGCCAUCGACCGGUACAACGCCGUCUGCCGCCCGCACCAGUGGAAGAUCACAGCCGGCCGGGCCCAGGGAGUGGUGGUCACCUGUCUCCUCCUCAGCACCGUCACCAGUGUCGGGGCACUGUUUUCGUACGGGAUCAAAACUAUAGAGACCGACGCGGAGAAAGUCUAUUUCGAGUCUGAUUCUAUGACCGACCGUGUGAACGUUACGCUGUGUGUACGGAACGUAGAGGACGCGUUCAACAAGGCGAUGCUGGUACUCCACACCAUUUGGUUUGUUUUGCUCUUUGUGGUCUUGACGAUGGCGUACUUGAGGAUUUAUCUCACGAUCAGAAAGCGAGUCAACGCCGGCGUCGGUGUUCACGAGGAGGGGGACACGUCUCGCAUGAGAGUAGUACGACCCGUGAUUCGGUUCAUAUCCCACCUGACGGUCGUUACGAACAGGUCCGGCAGUGCCGACUCCCCGUCGGCCCUGCAGAACGACACCGAAAGUCACGGCCCCGUUGACGACGCCGCCGUCCACCCCGAACUGGCAAUCCACUCAAGCAAUUCGCCGAACACUUCCGCUAAAGCUUCGAACGAGACCGACGUGUCCUGCUCACCGGACGAGAAGACUGCUUCGCUCAGUGGAAAGAACACAAACGCCUUGGCCCGCGCGCUCCUGCUUGCCGGCGAUGUGCCGCACCGCCCCGUGCUGCCCUCCACGCUCCAAGUGGAGAAGACGUAUCCCGAAGCCGCUGCUUCACCCAAAGAAGACGACAAUGGUCCCUCUGCGUUAAGUCCAGUCAAACCACUGGCGAAUCUACGAACGUCCACGGCCUGGAGAAAGAUCGUGCCCAGUGUCGUCGUUGCGGCCGAAAAUCCUCAAGCAGGGUCGGUCAAAAGGGAAUCGACGCUGGACAGUGACAACUCUUCAAACAAGACCGUGACAGCACCCGUUGCAAAGGUCCUACAGAAGCGGGCGGCAGCCACGGCUAUGAACCUGAAGAUACAGAAGACGACCACCAACAUGCUGCUGGUGGCUGCCUUGACUGCUCUCUUGACCUGGUUCCCGACCAUCGUCAUCGAGGUCUCGAUUGGCGACGUCCAUGAAUGGCUGAUUUAUGAGGACGACUGGCUGAAAAUCCUUACCUGCUUCAUGGGCUGGCUGUUCCUCUUCAAUUUCGUCACCAACCCCUUCGUGUACAGUCUCAUGAACAGCCGUUUCAGGGAGGAUUGCGGCAAGUCCUUCCGUGCUUGCAAGCGUGGCCGCAAAAAGGCGAUGCACGCGCGGGGCGACAAAUAGCCCCCAGUCCCGCACAGAACCUUGGAAUAAUCAUAUGUUUUGCAGAUCGACAUCAAGUCGUCGAAGAGGUCCUGUCCAAAAUUUGUGCCAGAAGUUGACUUGUAAUAUUUCCUGUCAUUUCAUGAAAGGGCGUGGACGCACCGAUCUUUUUGUCUGAGAGUGAAGGAACGUGCCUUAUAAUUUUGGGAGAAGCUACCCGAACUACAGAUGAACCUGCCGGCCUGUUGAAUAUUCACGUCUAAUUUGAAUAUAUGUGUAUUGCAAUGUUUUCUAAAGUGGUUGAUUAGAUUACCAUCUCUUAUCAAACGCCGGCAAUGAGCCUGUUCGGUAUCCAACAGCGCUUGCCCAAAAUGAAUUGCUUCCGAGGUCAUUCGGACGCGACGCGAUAGGCUGUCCUAUCAGUACAGUCCUACAAGGACUCGCGCGCCUGCUUUGUUCCCGAAUGACCUUGCUUUUUUGAAGUACCGAACUGGCUCAUUAAUUAUGUAUUUCACUGCACCAAUCCAGAAGACGCAAAAGCGCCAACCUCUUUCAGCCGAUACUUUUAGCACCCCCCCCCCGUCGUCGGCUUUAAAACUGUGUUACAGGCAAGACAAUUGGCAUCUUGAUUCACAAAAUGAGGUUCUCACCGCAAAAGCUUCCAAAAAUAUCAACUAUCCAUAUAUGGGACCACUUGUGCGACAUGGAAACUGGACAGUGUAAUUCAACACCAUUCGGUGUUAAAUCAUCACUACGUGUAUGUAGAAGCGUAAGGUCAUGCAAGGGAGAAAAUGCCUUCCGUGGGGGCACCUUUCAUUGCAAUUGCCAAAACCUUGGAAGACAACUACACUAGUACUGUCUCGUUUAAUCUGUUAUGGAAAUCGGGAGAGCGAUCCAACAGACAGUGGAUGGUUCCAAGUUAAUUGUAGUGGCUUCUUUCCCGUUCUCGCGUCCAAAUCUCACGAUUGGUUCGAGGAAGUUUCGUUUGUGCUCUAAAAUAUGCACGAACUGUAAAUAAAAUUUACCUGACAACAUUCACAAUUUACAUGUUCAAUUCUCUAGAUUAUAUUCAAUUUUCUUAACCAUAUAUUGUCUUUUUGUACAGAAACAAUUUUCUUUCCAAAUUCAAUAUUGGAUAUGCAUGGCCGAUAGUCACGCAUUGCCUGCCUUACUUUUUUUCAUUUAUGCAUAACGGUGUUUCUACGUCAGUGUUCCGUUUCGCUUUCAAAUCAUCCAAACUGUUUCCUUCAAUAAACCAAAUGUUGUCGUUUUUAAUAAUAUCAACUGGAGUAAUUUUUUUAUAAGUUGUCUCUUAUAUGUACUU